AUGGAACGCGUGGUGAAUGCUGCUCAGGAUCCAACCUGCCGCCCCGAUGCCAUGGACACAUCAUCAUCAUCACCCGUUCACCCUCCCGCGGGCGCAGCACCGGGAGUAUCCCAUGACCUUGGGCGCUGUCCUGUGCUGAAAGAAUUAUUCGAGAGGAACUUUCGUGGCUACAAACAGCCCGCUGAACCUCCUUACUACGGCGGUGAGGCUCUCCAUCAGGCCGUGGCCAGCGCGUUUGCUAACGGACUUGCCGGCUGCGAAUCGCUCGGGUCUGAACAUGCCCAAAUCAGCGGCGCGUUUACGGAUCCGGCGCUGGCAGCUGGCGUAUCGACCGCGGCCGUGCUGAAGCGUGCCAACGAGAAGGUGGACGUAUGCUGCAAAAACACUCAGUGGGGCCUGCUUGAGCUUCGCCACGCAGGGAAGUGCUCCGGGCAUACGGUGGAUGGCGGACCAUGUUUAGUGCCGGGAUGCCGCGAGAAGAAGAAGCUUUGGAGGCACCUCAGCACCUGCUCAGAGAAGGACUGUGCGGUUCAGAACUGCAAACUCUCUGCGUGGCAGCUAUCCCACCUGAAAAGAUGCACGGCAACCCCCUGCAACAUCUGCCAGCCAGUGAAAGAUUUCAUCAAGAAGUCGAGGACGGACUGCAUAGAUAAGGGGAUCCUGAACGAGCACCGGCCUGAGUCGGCUCCAAUAACAGCAGGCCCGAGUCCAACAGGUGGCUCAUCGGUUGACGCAGACAUGGAUGAUCUCACGUCGCGCCUGGGCAGCAUGUCGGUCCUACUGCAAGGGUCUUCGCAGGACGACGAGACAACCAAGCUGUUGGAGGCCAUGGCUGCAAUCUCGAUAGACUCGAACACCCGGCAGCAGCGCCGCCCUCCGGCAAUAGGACUCCGAGGACCCGGAGCCGCUUUCCAGGUGAUGGGAGCUUCGGUAGCCAGGGAUGCAAGCAGCAUCUUCAGGAUCGGGAGCAAGGAUGACGACGGGUCGCCAAAGCGCAUGGGAACCCGGUUCAGCUCUCGCCUCCGCGAUUUCAAGUGUAAGGCCCGCGCUGGCCAGGCUGUGGCCGAAACGGGCGAUAGUGCGAGAAAGCGCCAAAACAAGAACAAAUCCCCCGUGUGGCGUGUCGAGCGCAGGGACAAAAACGCAAGGUUCAUGGAGAAACACCGUUACGGCUACGUAUGUGACGCUGCGCGCUGGGGUGGUGACAUUGAAGAUGGCGCUGGUCAAAGCAGGACCGACAGCGAUGAUCUUGGCGACGGCGGCGACGGGGAGGGGCCAAUGACGGACGACGGCGGCAACGAUGAAGCGGCGACUCGUGGUGGAUCGGCUACUAACGCGACGGGCACCGAACACGACGAAAACCCCUGCACAAUUUGGGACGACUGCAUGGAGGGCGAGGAAACUGGACUUGGGGCGCGGGGGGGACGCGGCCGCCGUGUCACCGCUGACCAAACGGCGCUGAAUGCCAACAUUGUAGGGAAAAAUAACUCGGUUGAGGGCGACCAGAGAAAAUUCCUCAUCCUCCUGUAUCACUUGCACACGUGCCGUGCGGACGGAGACGGCGAAAUGUGUCAAGUUACUAAGCAUUGCCCAGCCAUGAGGCGGACGUGGCGCCACAUGAAGACAUGCGACGCAACGGUCUGCCCCAUUGCGGAAGCCAUUUGUACCAGCUUAAGCAGCCUCGUGCAUCACCUCUACCACUGCGACAAGGCCUGCAGGCUAUGCGACUACGUGAGAUACGUGGGUUGCGGCGACCAACACGUUGGUGAUCACACUUAG